AACAAAAUAUUUGACGUCUUGGGAAUUUUUUUUUUCCAUUCUACAAGGCGCCUCGCCAAUAAAAAAAAAUAAAGAUUUUUUUCCAUUUCCCCCUUUUGUUUUGUUCCGACGCAACCCCCCACCGUUCACCUCCUUGUUCUCGAAAGCAAUUCCCGGGUUAGCCCGAGAGGAAGCAACCAAAAAUACCCUGAUCUACUUCACCGCCGAUUUGGCAUAUUUUGUUUAUAUCUCUAUUUUUUUAUAUUUUUCUUCGCCGGGCCGCGCAAAUCACGUCUCAAGUCUUGCAGGAGAACCCUCCCAUCUCCAAACGACGUCUGUCCGGACUCAAGGAACCGUGCAUGAAAGAUUGGCGUAUGCUCGUCGAUCAUCAUGGCGUCUGCGGUCAAAGUGUUUCUUCUUGACAUUGAGGGCACAGUCUGUCCCAUCUCGUUCGUCAAGGACGUUCUUUUUCCAUAUGCCCUAGAAGCGCUGCCCCAUACGCUAGACUCCCAGUGGGACGAUCCGGCCUUUGCUCAGUAUAGGGACGCUUUCCCGGCCGAGUAUGCAUCCUCCAAGGAGGCACUAGCUGCUCACGUGCGUGAUCUGGUGAGCCGCGACGUCAAGGCCCCAUACCUCAAGAGUCUACAAGGCUACCUCUGGAAGAACGGUUAUGAUUCUGGCGAAAUCCGUGCGCCGCUGUUUGCAGACGUCGCCCCAAAGUUCGCCGCCUGGCAAGCUGCCGGGAUAGCCAUCAUGAUAUACAGUUCGGGAUCCGUCCCCGCCCAGAAGCUGCUUUUUGGCCACACCAACUCGGAACCCGCUGAUCUCACUUCUGCAAUCGCCGAUUUCUUUGACACUGUCAAUGCCGGUCCCAAAACUGAGAUUGCGAGCUACGAGAAGAUCGCCAGCAUGCACCCACAGUAUCCCAAGAAUGAGUGGUUGUUCUUGAGCGACAACGUCAAGGAGGUCGAUGCGGCCCUCGGUGCGGGGUUUCAGAGCUUUGUUGUGCAGAGGCCUGGCAAUCCCGAGCUGCCCGAUGGUGUGGAGGAUAGGCACAAGGUGAUCCGCAGCUUCGAAGAGUUGUGAAUAGUUGCAAGUGCAUUAGGCUGUGUGAUGGCGCGGCGUACUGGGCUAGUGCGCUGGCUAGGUCGAACAAAGUUCCACGCUUGCUUGUGCCUGGUUGAUUGCCUAAAGCCAAUGGCUUCAGGGGUCACGCACGUUGAAGAAUUUUGGUCCUGAUGCAUAGAUUAUUCCUCCAAAGCCGCUAGGUAGCCGGGUGUUAGUAACAAGCAGCCUGAUUUUUUCCUUUUUUUUUUUUUUUUUUUUUUUUUUUUUUUUUUUUU